AUGGAAAUUGGAUUAUCUCGAAGCAUACUCCCUGAUACAAAGGCCGCUGUUCCAAAAAUCGCCAAGGUUACCAAAGUAUUGGGCAGGACGGGCUCUCGGGGUGGUGUCACUCAAGUAAAGGUCGAAUUCAUCGACGACACGAAUCGAUCAAUCAUCCGAAAUGUGAAGGGUCCCGUAAAGGAAGGCGACAUGCUUACCUUGCUAGAAUCAGAAAGAGAAGCCAGACGUCUUCGCUAA